CUCAUAAGACCCAACUCUUAAAUAUACCACUUACAUUAUGAAGCUAAAUUAAUCUCUGCAUGAAAAUAGAAACAAAACUCCAUGGAAUAGGAAGAAGAUAUUUGCUGGGAAACUUCCAGAUUCAAAGUUCAAACGUGUCUCCUAACAUUCUUUGACUUUUCCUCCUCAAUCUCUCUCUUGUCCUAUAUAAAUCUUUUCUCAAUUCUUAAAGCCGCCACAACCACACGAAAACAUGACAUCUCACGAGGCAAGACCAUUGGUGAUGGAAAUGGAGGAAGAUUUCGAUGAAGCCAGCAGCAGUGGAUGUGGAUGUGGUUGUUUCAGAGGUUUUGGGUUGAAGAAAUGGUGGGUUGAACGUGAUGAAGAGGGUAAAGGGCUACUCGGUGAACAAAGUGGUGAGGGAGAGUCAUGGGUGGUGGAGAAACUAAAGAAGGCAAAGGAGGCUUCAGAAGUGAUUGCAGGUCCAAAGUGGAAGACUUUCAUAAGAAAGAUAAGUGGGUAUGGGAAGAAGAUGAAGCAGCAAAGAAACAGGUUCCAGUACGAUGAACACAGCUACAAUCUCAACUUCAACAGUGGCGCUCAGAGUGAAGAUGAAGCCAUGCCUUACAGCUUCUCAGCAAGGUUUGCUGCUCCAGGUCGUCGCCAAAAUGAAUCAUGAUAUAUACUUUCAUGCUUUUCUUAAACAUCAUUUGUUGUGUUCUUAAUCUUGUAAUUAUCAUAUUCAUUGUGUGAAGAUCGUAUAUCGUUCUUUUCCCAUCUCUUAAUAAAAUUUCGAUUUUAGUUUGCUAAAUUUUUCUGAAUGGCAAGAUAUGAAAAGGAAAGUGGUAGUCGAAGAGGGUACCCACCAAGAAAAAAAAAAGUUUGUGGGCAAAGUUUGGUUUGAACAAUGAAUGUGGUAUUCUUAAGAUAGAGAUGGAAGAAAAGGAUUUGGAUUCUUCACGCAAACCAUUAGUUUUUUGAGGAUGAAAUAAAGUCACAUUUGAAGUUGUAGAGAGAUUCCAGAAGGGAUUCCACUCCAAAAGUAAACGCGUCCCAAAUAAUUUAUA